UGUCUUCUCAUCCUCAUGGUGCUGAUGCUGCUGCUGAUGCUGGUGCUGCUGGUGCUGCUGCUGCUUGGUGGUGCUGAUGGAGCAGGUGGAGCCCGGAGGAAAGUGUCUCUGGUGGAGCUACAGCAGGUGGUGACGGAGGCGCUGGAGCAGCAGCUACAGCCUCUCAACACCGCCCUCAGGCUCGUCAGACUCGAUGCCUUCACCGACAGUAUACACCGUCAGCUGGGCACGAUGGAGCACAUCCAGAGCAAGUUACUGACGGAGUAUGGAGAGCUGAGAGCUGCUGUGGGAGAGGUGUCUCGCAACACCGUGGAACUUGCCAAGCAGGUGGCCACACUGGAUGUACGUCUCGCUGCCAUCGACAGAGCUCUCUCUCCUCCACGAGACCGACAACUUCCCCGGGAUAACCUGGAGCCUGACCCCGUCAACAACGAGGACUACCCCCAAUCAGCCGUGCCUCACGACUUGACCCAGGUCACAGAUGCUGUCAGAGAUGCUGUCAACUCUAUCAACAACAGAUUACAGUCAACGGAGCGGAGGUUCAAGGAGGACUUGGCCACUCUGGAGAACAGGACGACGGAGGCGCUGAAGAAGUCCCACUCAGACCUGGACCGACGCAUGGCCAUCGCUGGCCUCGACAGCGUUCUCAUCCUCAACACGUUGGAUAAGAUGGCCAACAAGAGCUGUUCCCAGCAGCUGUCUAACAGACGUAGGCCUGUCGGAGUGUCUUCAUCCCACCAAGAGGCUCACGACGACGCUCUGUUAGCACGACCACGGCCCCAGAAGGCCAACCUGGAGGAGAGCCCCACGCAGGAUGAACUGGCAUACUUCCCGGCGGAGGCAGAAGGAGAGGAGGGUGAAAAUCAGGUACCGAGUACUGGGGCUUCGGGAGAACGCGUGAGAACCUGGCUGAUUCGCGAAGGAGGACGCCCAAUACCCGAGGUACAGACACUCAGCUUGGGCAUGGUCACUCGACUCGCCUCUGAGAUCGCCAGACAGAUGGCUGAGGAAGAAGGAGAGAGUGACCAGCCCCGAGACUGUGCUGCUGUGGCUGCGGCAGGAGAGACCACUAGCGGGGUCUACACCAUCUUCCCAGCCUCCUGCACUGCCAGGUUCUCCGUCCAGGUGAGUUAGAUUAUUUUUUUUUUU